AAAGCUCCUUCUUCCUCUAUGUCCUAAAUGUCUAGCUUAAUAUAGAAUAUGGGGAUAGGGAAUAAUGCUUCUCUUAGGAGAUUACUUUACUUGAAGAAGGUUCAUCAUAUUAAUUUAUGGGAAUUUUGGAACCAUUUAUUCCACUUGAUCCUAAUUUUAUUACUAGAAGAUUGGGUUUUGAUGGUGCUUAUUCUAAUUACUCUGGUAAGAUUUGGUUUUUGUAUGAUUAUUCAAUAAUCUGUACUGUGCUGAUGGAUAAUGAUCAGUUUUUGCAUCUUAGAAUUUGGUCUCCUAAUUUUCCUAUAUCUAUAUUGGUAACUGUGGUAUAUGCGAAGUGUGAUAGAGUUGAAAGAAGAAAAUUAUGGGAUGAUGUUCUGGCUGUUAAACCGGAAAUGGAUGAAUUUUGGCUAGUAGGUGGAGAUUUUAAUGUAAUUUCAGAUAUUAUUGAGCAUUCGGCGGGGUCUCUUGCUAAGCCUGGUGCCACAAAUGAAUUUAAUAAUUUUAUUAUGUUAGCUGAACUUCUAGAUGCUGGAUUUGUGGGUGAUAGAUUCACGUGGACAAAUGGAAAAGUAUGGAAGAGGUUGGACAGGGUUUUGGUAUCAACAUAUUGGGGAGACCAAAAAGGUGGAACAUUUAAGUAGGGCAGCAUCAGAUCAUUGCCCUUUGUAUAUCUCUUUCCCUAGCUUUACUAUGCCAAGGGCUUCAUUCAGGUUUCAAAAAAUGUGGAUUAAACACCGUAAUUUUAUUCUUAGAGUACAAUUGAAUUGGAUGUUACCAUGUUCAGGUUUUGGACUUCAGAAAUUUCAAUUUAAGCUUAAAAGGUUGAAGACACAUUUGAAAUGGUGGAAUGUGGAGGUAUUUGGUAAUAUUUUUGAGAAUGUUAAGAAGGCUGAAGAGGAUUUUGAGUUGGCAGAAAAGGCUUUUGAUCGCUCUCCAACGAUGGAGAAUAAAAUUUAUAUGGCUAAAUGUCAAGCUUCUUUGUUUCAUAUAUUAGAUAUGGAAGAAAUGUUUUGGAAACAAAAAGCGGCGAUGAAAUGGUUCGGAGAAAGUGAAAGGAAUACUAAAUUUUUCCAUAAUUUGGUAAGGAAAAGGAGGAUGGCAAGCCGGAUAUUCAGGAUUUGGGAUGAAGGAGUUUGUUUGGAGGAUAAUAAUCUUAUCCAGACUUCUGGAGUUCGUUUUUUUGAAGACCUAUUAACAGGGGAGGAUUUUGAGUGUGACUCUGUAGGUAUGGACAUCAUACCACAGUUAGUGAGUUUGGAAGAGAAUCAAGUCUUGUCAGCAUUACCAUCUAUUGAGGAGCUGAAACGAGUGGUAUGGGAGAUAAGUGAAGACAACGCGGCUGGUCCGGAUGGUUUUUCUGCAGCUUUUUAUGUGGCCUGCUGGGAUAUUAUGAAGGAGGACCUGUACCAAGCUAUUUUAGAAUUUUUUUCAAGGGGGUUCUCUCCCUAAAGGCAUGGCAGCAACUACAAUAGUGCUUAUUCCUAAAGUUGACAAUGUGCAGUGUUGGCAAGAGUUUAGACCAAUUAGUUUAUGUAAUGUUUCUAAUAAAAUUGUAUCUAAAUUGUUGGCAAACAGGUUGAGCUUGAUGUUGGAUAAAAUUAUAUCUCCAUCACAGAGUGGUUUUGUGGCUGGAAGAUUAAUUUUUGAUAAUAUUUUGUUAGCACAAGAAUUCAAUCAUAAGUUGAACUAUCAUAUUAGAGGAGGGAACUUAAUUUUGAAAUUGGAUAUGGCUAAGGCAUAUGAUAGAAUCCAAUAGAGUUUUUUGUUUAGAGUUAUGGCUGCUUUUGGUUUUUCUGACAAGGUUAUUGAUAUAAUCAAGAGAUGUAUUAGUGAUUGCUGGUUUUCGGUGAGAAUUAAUGGGCAGCUGUCUAGUUUCUUUCAUUCAAAAAGGGGGUUAAGACAAGGUGAUCCUAUAUCUCCUUUACUUUUUAUUAUAAUGGUGGAAUUUCUAUCAAGAGGUUUGGAUGGCUUAUUUGUUAAAUAUCCUCAAAUGUUUUUUGAAUCUGGAUGUAUUAUGAGGAUUUCUCAUUUAGCUUAUGCGGAUGAUGUUAUAAUCUUGAUGAAUGGCUCGAUAAAUUGUGUUAAAAGGAUUCGAAAGUUUUUGGAUUUUUACAUGGCUUCUUCGGGACAAUCUAUAAAUGCUGCCAAGAGUUCUUUUUAUCCUUCAAAAUCGAUUUCUACUAAUAGAAGGGGUCAGAUUGCAAGUAUUACAGGUUUUAGAGAAGGUACUGCUCCGAUCAUGUAUUUGGGUGUGCCAAUAUUCUCUGGUAAUCGAAAGGUAAUUUAUUUUCAGCCUCUUUUAGAGAAAGUGAGGACAAGGCUGCUUGGUUGGAACCUCUCUAGGCUUUCUCAUGGAGGUCGGCUCAUGCUUAUUCAAAGUGUUUUGUGUUCGGUGCCUCUUUAUUUAAUGUAGGUUUUGCUCCCUCCUUUAUCCAUUCUUCAUCAGUUAGAGAUGAUAUUUGCCAAUUUCUUUUGGGGUUCUUUGGGCUCUAAUUAGAAGCCACAUUGGAUUAGUUGGGAUGAUUUUUGUAGACCAAGAUUGGAAGGUGGAUUGGGGAUACGAAGGCUCUCGGAUGUUGCUAUGGCGUUUGCUUUGAAAUUUUGGUUUCGAUUUAGGGAGCAAAAAUCUUUUUAGGCAAUUUAUAUGUCUAAGUUAUAUUGUGGUGGUGCUUCUCCAUGUGUGGUUCCUUUACAAAGAAAUGCUUCCCCAUGUUGGCGUCGGCUUGUGAAGUUACGGAAUUAUGGAGAGAAUAAUAUAGGUUGGAUUAUUGGAAAUGGUGAAAUUAAUUUCUGGUAUGAUAAUUGGUUGGAUAGUGGUCCUCUCUAUCUUUUUUGUCCAAUUGUUGGCAAUCCUGAUAGCAGAGUUCUUGAUUUUAUUUGUAAUUUGAGCUGGAAUGUAAAUGAGCUUCAAAGUUGUGUGCCGGAACAGAUUGUUGAUGAAAUUAAGGAGGUUGCUCUGCCUGGGGGAAUUUCUGGUGAGGCAGAAAAUGUGGAAGAGGCUGUACAAAAUGGUGUUAGGGAUUGUAUAGUAUGGAAGCCAUCUUUGGAUGGAAAGUUUACUAUGAAAACUGCUUGGAAGAGUAUCCGGAAAGACCAGCAACAGGCUGGAGUUGGGCAACAGCAAGCAGUCUGGAGUAAGCUUAUUUUCCCAAAUAUCUCUGUUUUUGUUUGGCAUUUCCUAAGGAAACGUUUACCUGUGGAUGAAGUGCUGCAAAGGAGGGGAGUUUAUCUAGCUUCAAAAUGUUAUUGUUGUGAUUUUGUGGAGUCUUGGGAUCAUUUGUUUUAUCAUGGAGCGAUUGCAUUAGAAGUGUGAGGUAUUUUGCUCAAUUGUUUGGAGUUGAUAGGUUUUUGGUUUUUGAAAAUUGGAGAAGUGGUCAGUCUUGGUCCUAUGGUGGUCAUGUUAUAUGGUUUUUAUGGUGUGCACGAAAUGAUGCUAAGCAUCGUGGGAUAAGAAUGGUAGCUAAAAAGAUCAUUUGGAAUGUUUCCCAGUAUAUUAUUUCUGGUAUAGAUGCGGGGAUCAUUAAACCAGGCCAUUGGAAGGGCUUUAUUAUGGUGGCUCAAAACUUGGGGUUGCUGGUGAAACCAAGAACUGUUAAUACUAUUUCAGUGGUGACGUGGAAGAAACCAAAGGUUGGUUGGUUCAAGUUGAAUACGGAUGGGUGCUCGAAGGGGAAUCCAGGUCUAUCUUCUUUUGGAGUUAUUAUAAGAGACCAUGGUGGUAAUGUUAUGAUGGUAAAGUAUGGACUAAUUAGAAGGGGGUCGAAUGUUAGGGCAGAAUUGAUGGCAAUCCUAAUCCUUAAAGGCUUGGAAUUAUGUGUAGAAAAACAGUUCUUCCCGAUUUGGCUGGAGUCUGAUUCUUUGAUAGCUUUGAAAAUUCUAUCAACUUCGUAUUUUUCAUGGGAAUGGCAUAAUCUGAUAUGUAAAAUCAAAUGUAUUAUUUGUAUGUAUCAGGUAUGGUUUUUUUCAUGUGUAUAGAGAGGCUAAUGUAGCAGCUGAUCAUAUUGCUAACCAAGCAUUUAUUUCACUUGUGGAUGAUGGAUUGAAUGAUCCUCUUGAUCUGUAUACAGAUAGAAUAUGUUAUAAUCAUGAGAUUGAUAAGGAGCUUCAUGGAAUUUGCAAUUUGGAUAAGAGUGGCCUUCCAUAUAUUCGGUUUUCUUCAAAACCAGGUUAGAAUGAAGAUUGGAGACUUGAACCUGUGGCUGUAAAGAGCAGAAUUCUUGAAUGAUUAUUGUGAAUUUGGUGUUUCUGUCAGGCUGGAAUUUUUUAUGGAAUUCUUUUGGAUCCAAUGGUUUUUUUGCUCUUGUGUAUUUCAGUUUGGAAGUCUUCAAAAAGGUUAUGUGGUCUAUGGGAGUUUUGUUAGAGAUGAAUGAUGUAUUUAUUUCAAGGCUGCUGUGUAUAGAAUAUAAAAGAUAGUUGUGGGUUGCUAAGUAGAUAUGCUGGGCAAGUUUUCUUUGUGAUUUGGUAAUGUGCAAGAUUUGCAGGAAUUAAUGUGAUUGGCUGUGGAAUUCUUAGUGUUCCUUAUUACUGAGGGAGUAUUUUAUGGAGCAUUUUUUCUGCUUAUUGAUAUUAUCUUGUGUCGUUGAUUUUCUGGAAUUUAUACUAAGAUACUGAGGGUUCUUUUAUGAUGGAGGGCAAGUUGCUGUAAUAUUUGAAGUGCUUUAUCUAGUGGAUAUUAGGAUAUGUAGCUGGCUUUACUAUGGUUAUUUGGAUGCUAAGUUUGGUGGUGAUGGAGGUUUUAAUUGCAGAAAUUUUAAGCUGUGAAUAUUUGCUAGGUGUGGUAAAUUGUUGUUAUUCGGUGCAAGUGAUUUGGAGCUGCUUUGUGUCUACAAAGAGCGUUGAUUACAGAAGAAAAUUGAGAUUUUGUUGAGCUGAUGUUGCUGUUGAAUUCCUCAGUUUUGCUGUUGGGUGCUGCUUCUUUUAAAGAAAAGCUGGUUGAAGUCUAUUGGCUGUGAUAUUAAUGCUGGGAUUCAUUUGGCUGGUUGUUUCUGUUAUCUAAAUAUGAAGUGAACUAGGGUGAAAAUAUUGGUUUUGGUAGUGUUCGGUGGAUUUCUUUUGUGCAUGUGGAUUUAUUCUGUUUAUUAUGUGAUGCCAAUGUGUAGUACUGGGAUUUCUGCAUUACUAUAGAGAUCACUGUAAGUGGUUGGAGUCGCUGUAAAUAAGCUAUACUUGAAGGUCAGGUUGGGCCCCCUUCUAAUAUGGUUUUUCUUUUUAUAAGAAAUGACACCUUUGCCAAAAAAAAAAAAAGUGCUUUGUAGCUAGAUCGGAAUUCCUUCCUUGAAGGUUUCAUAUUUAGGACUGCUAGUUCAGUAUAUCAGGCAUCUUUUCCUGGAUAGCUUGAUCUUUUUCUUAAAAAAGUCAAGUAGAAAGCUGUUUGUAAGAUUCUUACUAAUCUGCCAAUGUUUGUUUUGGUUGAUUUAAUGGUGACAUUAUGAAGGCGCAAUGAAUGAAGGUGCAGAGGGCCAAGCAUUUGGGAUACCCUCAGUAACAGGCAGCCAGAGUUAAUAGCUGAUGGAAGCAAUGGGGAUGUAGCAGUUGAUUCUUCCAUCUCUACAAGAUGAAAUCACUGGAAGAUGUGAGCAUCAUGAAGAGAAUGGGCAUGGAUGCUUACAGGUUUUCCAUCUCUUGGUCCAGGAUUUUAUCAAUUCACUUGAAGGGGAGCCUUGGCGCAACGAUAAAAUUGUUGCUUUGUGACCAAAAGAUCAAGGUUUCAAAUCUUGGAAAUAGCCUCUUGCAAAAAAAGCAAGGUUUGCAGCCAUUUGCGACACUCUUCCAUUGGGACUCUCUCUCAAGGAUUGGAAGACAAAUAUAGGGGUUUCUUAAACCAAUUAAUUGACGUUAUGUUUCAGUGAGGACUUCAUGGAUUUUGCAGAGUUGUGCUUUAGGAAGGUCGGUGACACUGGAUGACCUUCAACAAGCCUUGGACUUUUGCGUUGAUGGUGUAGUCUGAUCUGAUGGAGACAAAUUGGGGCAGUGUUUUACUUGGGCAUCAGGGGAGUGUCAUGUUGCAGAUCUGGGUAGGGAUCCGUACACAAUUGCUCAUCAUCAGCUUCUGGCUCAUACAGCUGCCGUGGCUUUAUUCAGAGACAAAUUCAAGGUGCCGCUCCCAUUGCGCCUACUUACUAGGGUUUUUUGUGAUUCUGGUCGGAUUAGGAUUUUAUUUGAAUCCAAAGCUCUAAACUUAGAGGCCAAGAUGUCCAACCCAAAAUACGAUAAGUUGAAUUAAAAAAAAAUAAUUAUUUCUCAUAACAUGGAUAUGUCUACUUUGACAAGUGUCCUACCAACUCCAAUACUUGGACUCUUUAUGACCUCCUUUUUGGAACACUCGGGGACUUAAUAUUUUUGUAGAUUACAUGUGAAGAUUUACAGAAAUAGACAUGGUCAACUCUAGGGAUUCACUCU